CAACCAUAUGAACGAUCACCUUGGUAACCCGAACGAGAGCGAGAAAUUCGGUUACACAGAAGUCGAGCGUAGCUUGGACCGAUUCCCAUACUGAUCCACCACCAUAGUUUCCACAAACCAAUGCCGUCCAUUGAGCAAAAGUUCCACUCUUCUUUCUUCGAAAUCGCGUUGCAUCAAGGCCCAGAUUGCGAGGUCCGAAUCUGCACCGUCAGCCCUGCUAGAUUUUUCACGGUCCCCGAUCUUCUUUGUAGGGGGCGCUGCCCGCUUGUCAUAUUUGCCUAUGAUGGACGAUUCAUCGACAGAAAGGAAACACGGCAAACGUUUCCUCGGGAUGACGAGCAUGUUUCCCAUUCAGGGAGAAAGGUGGAGAAUAGAGAACGGUCGCAACACAUUUCGCCAAUUCCACACCACGAUCCCGAUGAUUAUCGGUUGCCCAAGUUUGAGAAUCCAAGGACGAGACCAAUUUUCCGGAGAUUCAUCGAAGUGUUCCCGAGAAGUUAGGUUGGCUCGU